AUGGUAAAAACAGGUAAGCCACGGCCCCCAGUUCCCGGCGGUCCCGCUAUUCCUCGUCAUGGUGGCGACGGUGGUAACGGCGGGACGAGGGGUGCUAAGAAUCACCGGGCUACGGGAGGCCACCACAACCGACUGACCCUGGCGACGUACAACGGACGCACGCUACGGCUUGACUCGCAUCUAGCGCAACUCGAGGUGGAACUUGGGAAAAUUAGGUGGCACAUAUUAGGGUUAUGUGAAGUCCGUAGAGAGGGAGAGGACACCGUAACCCUCGAAUCGGGCCACCUAAUGUACUUCCGAGAGGGAGACCAACAAUCCCAAGGAGGCGUUGGGUUUCUGGUUAAUAAGUCCCUAGCUGACAACGUUACGGAAAUCUCCAGUGUGUCGAACAGGGUAGCGUACCUCAUUAUAAAGCUCACCGAGAGGUACAGCCUCAAGGUGGUGCAAGCGUACGCACCGACCUCGACACACUCGGACGAUGAAGUGGAGGAAAUGUUCGAUGAUAUAUCGAGGGCCCUCCACUCCACCACGAAAACCCACUACAACGUUGUCAUGGGGGACUUCAACGCUAAAGUGGGAGUACAGAAUUGUAGCGAAUCGGUAGUAGGACCCCAUGGAUUUGGAAGCAGAAAUCAUAGGGGGCAAAUGCUUGUCAACUUCCUCGAACGGGAGGGGCUCUUCUUGAUGAACUCCUUCUUCAAGAAGCAGCCCCAAAGGAAGUGGACGUGGCAAAGCCCCGACACUAUGACCAAAAAUGAGAUCGAUUUCGUCAUGACGGACAAAAGGCACAUAUUCAGAGACGUCUCAGUGAUCAACAGGUUCAAUACCGGUAGUGAUCACCGACUUGUCCGAGGCUCUCUGAAUAUCAAUUUUAAGGCCGAGCGCGUCCGUCUGAUGAAGUCUACACUCCGACCAUCCAUGCUCCAAACCACUGCGGGAUCUGAAACGUUCCAGUCAAACCUGGAGAACCGAUUCGCUGCCAUGAAAACCACAACAGACGUAAACCAGAACCUCAAAAAUGUAGUGAGAAUUCUCAGGGAAGAAGGCACGAGAUUUUGUAGCAUGCAGCGUAAGGGCAGAAAGUCCAAACUUUCGGAAGAGACUUUAGGGCUAAUGAAGAAACGACGUGAAAACCCACCUGUCACUUCGUCCGAGAAUCGGCAACUAAACCAAGAGAUCUGCAAGCGCGUACGACACGACCUCCGGUGCUCCAAUACUCUUAUGAUUGAAAGAGCCAUCGAGCAGAAUCGGGGGUCUAAGGUGUUCGUACAAUCUCUUGGAAGAAGCCACCUGACGAAGUUGACCACAGCAAGUGGAGAAGUCGUUUCUUCCAAGCCGGCAGUUCUUUCGGAAGUAGAGAACUUCUACGGCCGCCUCUCAAUAGCCCCUCCGAUACCUGUUAAGGGAGCAGAAACGUAG